CCUCUCUGUUCCAGUGUGUUUACUACACUGCCGAGCAUAAGGGAGACACUCGUCUUCACAUGCACUGAACCCACUAAGAAAAACAGUUUUUAGUUGUAUUUGUAAGAAAACCUCCAAGAGAUCAGCAUGCCCAAGAGAAAGGGAACAGAAGCAGGAGAAAAGGAGGAGCCCCAGAGGAGAUCAGCUCGGUUAUCAGCGAAACCGGCCCCACCCAAGCCGGAACCAAAGGUCAAGAAGGCAGCAAAGAAAGAAAAGGCUGUGAACGAUAAGAAGGAGGACAAGAAGACCAAGAAGGCAAAGGAGAACGCCGAGGCAGAGGCAAACGAGGAAAACCACUCUGAGAACGGAGAGGCCAAGACCAACGAGGUGGAGGCAGCCCCCGAGGAGGCCAAGGAGGAGGCCAAGUCCGAGUAGCACCACUGCCCAAGCUUCCUCCUCCUCUACAAUCCCUCCCCCCCGAGCCCCCCAGCCAGCCAGCCAGCCCCCCCAAGUCUCUCACAUGGUUUCCCUCCAAGGCGUAUUGUUAACAGAGGAAUAUUUUUAUCAAUGAUUUUAUAAGUAUCCGUACAGAUUUUUAGCACAAAAAGCAAAGCUGAUUAUGGAGCGCCUUGCAGAUUUGCAGUGGUCAUAUCAAGUGUCUGCAAGCAAGAUGAACACACUAAAAUCUUUUUUAAAUGGCAUUUCAUGAUUGUUGAAGGCUUGUUUGGUGUAGAAAGUGCGUCCCUGCCGGAUUGGCUAUGUUGUGAGUUGUGUAUUCCUGUGUUUUUCCGCCCUUCCCCAAUCCCCCCCUCCCUCCUCCUUCCUUCUUCUUCCUCCACAGAUUAGACCUUCCUCCCCCUACAGUUCAGCCUUUAUCCAUGUUUUAUUAACGGUUCAGCCAUGUUAAUGUGGGUGAUUCUUUUAGACCUCUAAAUGUGCAGUGAGAUCCCUUUGCUUCUGUCUCAUGGUCUUGUUUUUUUUUUUUUUUUUUUUCAUUGAAAUCGUGUUUUAAAAAGAAAAAAAAAGCGUGUUGAAGAGUGUUGUCCAUAAGAAAGAGGAAGACGAACAUGUGAAACAUUCCGGGAACAGCGUUUGCCUCCGACCUGUCUCCUCGACGACCCUGCGUGUAAAACAGCUCCUGCUCCAUCCACGCUGUCAUGUCAGCUUUUCUAAACACUCUGGUUUUUUUAAAACGAUUGAAUUUGGAAACCUUCUCUGACAAAUGCAGGUGUCUGGUCCCUCUCUUAUGUUCUGAAAUUCUCUUAAUAAAAAGAAGUCCUGGGAAUUUUCCUCGAA